AUGUUCGGUGCAUUUCUUUUGAAUUUUUGCACCAUGAAAGCCGUUCUUAUUUCCUGGUUUUUCUUUUGUUUCAUUUAUGUGUGGAAAUCGCUGCAACGAAGAGAAGAUUCACAAGCGUUGAUCUCUUUGCUUCUUGACAAGAACUUGUCUUUUUUUCAUCCUGGAAGGACGAUGUCCGGAUUUUGGGCCAAACUGAUCAACGAUCGGUCCGAUCAGCGAAGAUCAUUAAGUAUUUUGAUGAUUACACCGUGCGGUGUAGUGCCGGCUACAAUCAACAACGAUGUGCCUUCCAUUGUCGGCAGCGAAGCCCGUUGA